AAUCUAAACCAUUCCCAUAUCAAAUUCCAGUUCAUAAUUCGUGAACCCACAAUCUCCGCCGGAAUUCAGCAAUGGCAUCGGAACCCAUCUCUCGGCUUCACUUUCUCUUGAUUCCCUUAUUAGCCCCUGGCCACACCAUCCCCAUGAUCGACAUGGCCAAACUGCUCGUCCAACGGCCGAAUGUGGUGGUGACCAUCGUCACCACACCCCUCAAUGCCAUUCGAUAUGGUCCUAACCUCCAACAACACAUCAACUCCGGACUCCCGGUCCGUUUUCUAGAACUCCCGUUUCCGGCAGCCGAGGCUGGACUACCGGAGGGAUGCGAAAGUGCAGAUGCUCUACCGGGUCUUCAUUUACUCCCAAACUUUUCAGUUGCAAUUGGUAUGUUGCAAGAAAGACUUGAACAACGGUUCGAAUCGCUAGACCCACGACCGAGCUGUAUUAUAUCUGAUAGAUACAUGCUCUGGACUGCUGAUACAGCGACUAAGUAUGAGAUACCAAGGAUAAUCUUUGAUGGAAUGAGUUGUUUUAAGCAGUUGUGUACUCAUCAUUUGUAUGCAUCCAAGGUGCUUGAUGGUUUGCCUGACUCAGAACCUUUUGUUCUCCCUGGAUUGCCACACCAGAUUGAGAUAACCAAAGUGCAGCUGCCACAAGAGUUCAAUCCUGUUGAUUUAGCCACAAGGGAGCAACUCGAACGAGCGAGGGAACCCGAGUUGAGAGCUUAUGGGUUGGUGAUCAAUAGUUUUGAGGAGUUGGAGCAAGAAUAUGUUAACGAGCUUAAGAAGUUGAAAAAUGGUAGAGUUUGGUGUUUAGGACCUUCGUCAUUGAUCAAUAAUAACGAUUUCGGAAAAGUGAUAAGAGGAAAUGGCACCUCAAUCAAUGAGCAGCGUAUCUUGAACUGGCUUGAUUCCAAAGAAUCUGGAUCCGUAAUCUAUGUCUGUUUCGGUAGCAGUAGUCAGGUCAUCCCUCCUCAACUGGUUGAGCUCGGAUUAGGCCUAGAAGCAUCUAACCACCCAUUCAUAUGGGUGAUUCGAGCAGGCGAUAGAGCUAAGGAGAUCGAGGAAUGGAUAAUAGAAACUGGGUUCGAAGAACGAAUGAAAGAUAGAGGACUUCUGAUCAGAGAUUGGGCUCCACAACUCCUAAUUUUAUCACACCCUUCGACCGGAGGGUUCUUGACUCACUGUGGUUGGAACUCGAUCCUCGAAGGAGUUUGUGCCGGUGUGCCACUGAUUACGUGGCCGCAGUUUGCUGACCAGUUCUUGAACGAGAAACAAGCAAUCCAAGUGUUGGGAAUUGGCAUGGCCGUUGGGGCUCAACAAGUUGUGCAUUGGGGUAUCGAAGACAAAUUCGGGGUUAUGGUGAAAAGCGAGCAGGUUUCGAAUGCUAUACGCAAAAUGAUGGAUAUCGGAACUGAAGGAAACGAGAGAAGAAAGAAAGCGAAACUACUUGCGAAGGUAGCGAACAAAGCAAUAGAGGAGGGAGGGUCAUCUUACAAGAACUUGACACUACUGAUACAAGAUAUAAUGGAACUUGCGAAAGCCAAGAGCCAUUGAGUUGAAGCCAACAUUGCUCGUGCACCUCUCGGCCAUGCAAAAACCCGCGAUAUACACGAUAUAUGAACCCCGUUAGGGGCGCUGCCCCUAGCACCCCGAAAGGGGUAUAGCCCCCUGACUCCUGCUUCAUGACGAUCUAAAGUGAUAGAUGUAACAUUUGUAGUGUGCAUCCUGCAUCUCCUAACUCAUAUAUGUUUCUCUCAUCGCUUUAAUCUAUCUCAUGUAAAUCACAAUUACACCAAAUACUCGAUGACGCUAAAAUCACAACAUUCUAUAUUUCGGUUUGUAAUACAACUAUCAUUAUUAAUACAUUCUAUAU